UGAGCGCAGCCAAAGCCCUUGAACGGGACGGACGGACGGAGGGUGCGGCUUUAAGGCUCCGAGGAAACCGCCUCUUUUUUGGGUAGUGGGUCAAAUGGGUUGUAAAGAGACUCGCCCCCGUGAUCGCAAUCCCCUUUCUUCCCGCGUCCCCUUUAAGACCCUUCGCCCGCGGCUAAGUCCUCUUGGUUUCGGGGAAAGCAGAACUUGAAAGACGAGCUGCAAAACUUUGGGCCCCUCCUCCUCUGCCGCCUCUGGCGCCUGGUCUCAGCCGUUUCCCCGGGCCGGAUGGGUCCAUCAUUCCCACGUUGGUGAUAUCAAAACUCAGCGACAGAGAGAUGGCUUCCUUUGGUGGCUCAAGAAAUUGUAUUUUAAAUCAGUUGGCAUCUUCAAUUAAUUGGAGAAAGUGCAUUAAUCCUUACACAUUUUCCAGUAAAGCUUUAAAUGGAGCCCAACAUCAACUGACAAAGUGUCAAGCAUGGAAUAAAAAGAACAGCAUUAGAUUUUAUUUCUGGAAUGACAAUUCCAGAAUCUAUGGAAACAUGAAUAGAACCCAUCGAUUGCCUCUGGAUCCUAAAGAUGUAGGAAUAUAUACAACCAGAUGCAGCUAUUUUAGAAGGCCUUGUAUACUCACUCAGCAAAAGGCAAGGAGAAAAUGUGUACUAUUUGGAGCUAUCAUGUCUCAAAAAUUACAAGACGUUGCUACUCAGAAUAUCCAGAUCUUCAGAUGCUUUCACAGAUCAUCAAUACUGAAAGCUGCUCCAGCUGCACUCUUACUGAUGAUCUUGAAGCCAGUGCAAAAGCUUUUUGCUAUCAUCCUUGGGAGGAGUAUAAGAAAAUGGUGGCAUGCACUUCCUCCAAACAAGAAGGCGUUAUUUAAAGAAGCUUUGAGAAGAAAUAGAUGGAAGAUAAUUCUUGGAAUUUCUAGCUUGGGAGUUGUAUUUAUUCUUUUUUAUUUUACGCAUUUGGAGGAGGCACCAAUAACUGGACGCACUCGGCUUGUAGUAUUUCACAAGGAUCAGUUUGCAGAAAUGACGGAAAUGGAGUAUGACAUGUGGAUGCUACAAUUUCAGAAUCAAAUGCUGCCAGAAAAAGACCCUCGUUACCAGGUGGUCAAGAAAGUUGUCACUCAUUUAACUGAAAGCAACAAGGACAUUCCAGGAUUCUCUGAAAUUACCUGGACUAUCCAUGUGGUAGAAGAGUCUAACAUUAAUGCUUUUGUACUUCCAAAUGGACAAGUGUUCGUUUUCACUGGUUUGCUAAGUGCCGUGUCAGAUAUCAAUCAGCUUUCAUUCAUUUUGGGACAUGAAAUUGCUCAUGUUAUUCUGGGACAUGCUGCAGAAAAGGCAAGUCUGAUGCACUUCCUGGACUUCUUCUCCCUUAUUUUGCUCACCAUGAUUUGGGCUGUCUGUCCUCAAGACAGUUUAGCUGUGAUAGGCCAGUGGAUCCAAAGCAGGUUUCAAGAGGUAAGUUAACCAAGUUCCUGCAGU